UUUUUUUUUUUUUUUUAAUACUGAAGAUCCUAUAAAUUGACAUUCUUUAUAAAACAAUUCAUAUCUAGUUAUGUGGUUUCUGUUUAAAUCAUUUUAACUUUAAAUAUUUUUCAAUUUAUAAAUUUAAAAAUUGUGUGUAUAGAAAGAGAAAGAUAGAGAGAGAGAGGAAACGUCAUAAAUAUUGUGUUUAUAAAUAUCUGCAAAGAAUGUCUAAAAGAGGAUACUUAAACAUAUGGUUUUGUUUCAUUAUUUAGUGAAAUUAAAUAUAUUGUUAAUGCUAUACACAGAGAAUAAUGUCUGGAACAAGUAAUUCAUUAUCGUCAAAACCUUCUACGUGCGAAUCAGAAUUUGUUGGUAUCGAUGGUGAAUCAUGUGAGAAAGAAAAUAACUCGUUACUUUCUGAUCCUAUCUCAGAAUUUCAUUCUAAAAUAUUAAAUGAUGAGAUAAAUACAAACAAUUUGGAAUCUGUAUUAGCAAAGCAAUGUGAAGAAAGAAAUGAUACUAGUUUUACACGUGGUUGUAUGUUUUGUAAAAUGAACUUUACUGAAUCACGUCUUAUGUAUAUAAAACAUCUUUCAGAGAAACAUAAUUUGUAUCUUGGUAAACCAGAACAUUUAGUUUUCAUAGAUGAACUCUUAGAUAGAAUACAACAAAGUAUUGAAAGUUUAAUCUGCAUAUACUGUGAAAAGGUUUUUACAGACCGUAAAGCAUUAAAGGAACACAUGCGUAAGAAGUUGCAUAAACAAAUAAAUCCAUACAAUAAAUCAUUUGAUAAAUUUUAUAUAGUUAAUUAUACAGAGUCUAAUAGAACAAGAAAAUAUCAAAAAAAUCACAGAUAUACUAAAGAUAGUGGAUUAAGCAGCGAAAGUGAAGACGAAGAAUUAUUAUGGUCUGGUUGGAAUGAUGAAGGCAUUAGUAUACUUUGUUUAUUUUGUAAACAUUCUGAUAAAGAUUUUCUUACCAUUUUACAACAUAUGAAGGAACAACACAAUUUUGAUUUUAAAAAGGAAUCAGAAGAUUUAACAUUUUAUCAGAAAGUAAAGCUGGUAAAUUAUAUAAGACAACAAAUUCGUAUACGAUGUUGCAUUUUAUGCGAAGAAAAGUCUGAUAACAUAUUGGAACAUAUGACUCAAUUAAAUCAUUACAAAAUACCUAAACAACACAUAUGGGAUCAACCAGAAUUUUAUUUCCCUAUGAAUGAAGAUGAUUCAUUUUUAUACAGUUUGGAUACGGAUAGUGAUAGCUCAGAUGAAGGUGAUAUUACGAAUACAUUUAAAGAAUUAUCUGUUACAACUAAUGAUAAUAAUGAGUAAUGUACAUUUUUAAACUAUUAUUUAUUUUGUAAGAAAUAAUUGAAUAUACA